UAUCAGGAUGAUCUCAACAACAUGGCGAACAUGAAUGGUCGCAUGGCACAGAAUGCAAUGGGGCCGUUCUCGAAUCCUUAUCUUAUGGCAAUGAUCGCGCAACUCACCGGAGGACGUGGCAUUAAUGGCAUGCCUCCUCCUUAUAUGGGUAAUGGUAUGAACCCAGGUGGUUAUAUGUCGGCCAGUGGCAUGCAUUCACCAUCUGCUCAAGGCGCUGCAAGCCAAAAGAUUGAAAAGAUUCACAUCGCUGUUCCAAAGAAUGCUGUGGGUGCCAUUAUUGGCCGUGAAGGUUCUGUCGUCAACGGUAUAAGACACGCUUCAGGUGCCUCGGUUCAAGUGUUGAAAAGUGACGAAGAUGCUGUUGAAACUCUGGUUGAACUACGUGGCUAUCCACAUCAGCUUACUAUGGCUGAAGGGGCCAUUUUCCAAAAGAUACAAGAACAAGGGUUCGCUGGUCAUCCACAUCAAACUGUUCAAUUACGAACAGAAAUAAAAAUCCCACCUGAGGCUGUUGGUCGUAUCAUUGGAAGGCGGGGUGCUAAGGUUAGGUCACUUCAAGGUAGACACAGGGCCUUAGUUGAAGUUCCACGUAGUGUAAACCCGGACGAAACCGAAGUUGUUGUGCGUGUUCUUUCAGACUAUCUUGGCAGUCAGGGUGUGCAAACGGAAAUUCGCGAGAUCGUCGCUCAAGUGGAAGCGCAAAGGAAGUAGGGUCCUUUUAAAGAAAUCUCCGAUCUGCCUAAUUUUAUUUUUUUUGAAGCUUUUGAUGUUUAAUUUGGUUUUAUUCCUAUCACUAUCAUCUAAUUAAGUAUCAGGCCUAUAUCUUUGUAGUUUACCCAUAAAGUUGUUGUAAUUCCCAUGAUCAAAUACUGUUAUAUACUCAAUGCACGUUAUAUCUGAAAACCAAUCGUUUACUCGAUCUAUAUAAUCUCUCAACACUCUCGAUUGUAUGUUUACUGCAUCCUGAGCUGUUUUUGUAAUAUUGUACAUGUAAUAUAAUGUACAAAUUUA